AUGAAGCACCCCAUUCAGAUUCUAAUUGCUGACAAAUCGGGCGAGCACAUUUUCGCAUCCGUCACUAACCAUCUUUUGGUUUUGCGUGCUUCCGAUGGAAAGCUAAUUGGCUCUUGGGUUGAUCCCGUAGAUGCACAAGAGUUCCAGGAAAAGAGAUUCAAGGCCAGAAUGGAGGAGCAAAAAAAGAAGGAAGAGGCAAAUGAAGACGAGAAUGCCGCUAAGAAGUUGAAAAACAAUAAGAAAGAACCAAAGGUUCCAGCUCCAGGCCCUGGAGCACCCACCAUUUACAACUAUAUACGUUCAUUAACUCUCUCGAGAGAUGAAAGCUAUCUCAUAGGUACUACAGACAGUGAUAAAGCUGCUGUCAUUUUCAAAAUUGAUUAUAGUCAAGACAAUUGUCUCUCUCUUGUCAAGCGCCAAGUAUUUCCAAAGAGACCAUGCUCUGUGCUGACCACACUUGAUGAUGAAAAGGUUGUGGUUGCAGACAAAUUCGGAGAUGUUUAUGAAAUUCAAGGGAAGGACUCGGCUGUGGUGGCAGAGAAAGACCUUGUUCCAAUCUUGGGACAUGUUUCCAUGUUGAGUGAAGUUAUUGUCGCAGAGCAUGACGGGAAACAAUUUGUGCUCACCGGUGACAGAGAUGAACAUAUCAAGGUGAGCCAUUAUCCAAAAUCAUAUGUAGUAAGAAACUGGCUAUUCGGGCACCAUGAAUUCGUUUCUUGUUUGCAAAUUUGUCCGUUCAACGAGGACAUUCUCGUUAGUGGCGGAGGUGACGAUUAUUUGUUGGUUUGGAAUUGGUGGGAGAAAAAGGAACUCGCCAAAGUUGAGCUCCGUGAAUUGGUAGCUCCGUUUUUGACCGACUCCCAUUUGCCACCUGAGAGAUUUUUUCGUGAAGACUCGCCUCGUGAGAUUUGCAUCUCGAAGGUCAGAGUGUAUGAACAAGGUGAUCAAAAGCUUUUGGUUGUUUUGUGUGAAAACACUAAGUGCAUUUUGACCUUUUCUUUCAAUGAGGACAUGAGCCUCACUCACAAGCAAACACUUUCGACAACUGAUUCUAUUAUUGAUUUUGUUAUUGUCUCCGAUGCCGUCCUCGCGGCCGUGGAUGUCGAAUCUGAAGAUAAUUUGCUCCAGCUUUUCCGCUUCGACGACUCUUGUUCUUUACAUCACGAGGAUUCAGACCUCACUAAAGUCAUAAGCAAAUCUGUUGAGUGUGAGGUAUCUGGUCGCGCUGACUUCUACCCAUUAUAUUACAUCAGUUCUUUGAGAAAAAGAAGUGAACAUUAA